CGUUAACUUGCUUCUCUUCCUGCUGCUUCUGUUCAAAAGUCUUCUUUGAAUCAUACUUGACCAAAUUUCUUCUUCUUCUUCUUCUUCUUGAUUUAUGAUUGAUUUUCUACACUUCUCGCUCACCACAUUGGGAAGGUUAACCGCCGGAUUGGAUUGGAUUGAAUUCCGAUAUGGGUUGUGAAUACUCUAAACUCUCAGUAUGUUUUUGGUAUUCUGAAAGGAAGCGUCUGGAUCAUUAUGUUGGAAAUGAUGAUGACUAUGACGACAAAAAGAUAGAUGAACAUUAUAAUAAUAAUGAUUUGCCUCGAUUCCGUGAAUACACAAUCGAGCAACUGAGGAAAGCAACAUACGGGUUUGCUUUAGAAAACAUUGUUUCUGAACAUGGUGAAAAAGCUCCUAAUGUUGUUUAUAAAGGAAAGUUGGAAAAUCAAAGACGGGUUGCGAUCAAGCGAUUGAACAGAAACGCCUGGCCUGAUCCACGACAAUUCCUGGAAGAAGCAAGAGCGGUUGGUCAGCUUAGGAACCAAAGACUGUCGAAUCUCAUUGGAUGUUGCUGUGAAGGCGAUGAAAGAUUACUUGUUUCAGAAUUCAUGCCCAAUCAAACACUAGCCAAACAUCUUUUCCACUGGGAAAAACAUCCUAUGAAAUGGGCAAUGCGUCUUAGGGUAGCAUUAUAUCUUGCACAGGCUCUAGAAUACUGCACAACCAAAGGACGUUCCCUUUAUCACGAUCUCAACGCUUACAGAAUUCUCUUCGAUGAUGAUGGGAAUCCUAAGCUAUCCUGUUUUGGUCUAAUGAAGAACAGCAGAGAUGGAAAAAGUUACAACACUAAUCUCGCUUUCACACCGCCAGAAUAUCUGAGAACUGGAAGAGUAACACCCGAGAGUGUAAUAUACAGUUUCGGUACCCUUCUACUCGAUCUUCUCAGUGGAAAGCACAUUCCUCCUAGCCAUGUAAGAAUUUGCUUAAUUAUGAGACAUGCUUAUGUUUGGUUUUGGUGGUUUUAUUGUUCAUUUCUUAUUCUACAGGCACUUGACAUUAUUCGGGACAGGAACCUAAAGAUGCUGACAGAUUUUUGUUUAGAUGGUCAAGUUUCUAACAAUGAGAUUACUGAGUUGGUUCGUUUAGCUUCGAGGUGUCUACUGUACGAGCAGAGAGAACGUCCCAACCCGAAGAUCUUGGUUUCUGUUUUAACUCAACUACAGAAGGAAACCGAGGUUCCUUCCUACUUGUUAAUGGGAAUACCUCAUGAUUCAACAUCUUUAACUUUAUCACCUCUUGGGGAAGCCUGUUUGAGAAUGGAUUUGACUGCAAUACAUGAGAUUAUAGAAAAGCUUGGAUAUAAGGACGACGAGGGAGCAGCAACCGAGCUCUCGUUUCAGAUGUGGACAAAUCAAAUGCAGGAGACCUUGAAUACGAAGAAGAAGGGUGAUUCUGCUUUCAGACACAAAGAAUUCAAAACUGCUGUUGAAUGUUACUCUCAGUUUAUUAAAGCUGGUUCGAUGGAGUCGCCAACAGUUUAUGCUCGUCGUAGUUUAUCGUAUCUCAUGAACAAUAUGCCACGGGAAGCUCUCAAUGAUGCGGUUCAAGCACAAGCCAUAUCUCCCGGAUGGCAUAUCGCGUCGUACUUGCAAGCUGCAAGCCUUUUCGCGAUGGGAGGAAGAGAGAACCAAGCUCGUGUUUCCCUUAAAGAGGGAUCCAUACUGGAGGAAAAGAAGAAUGCUGCCUCUUAAUCAAUACAAGAGAGAUUUUUUCUUAUUUUAGCAACAUUCUUUGAGCGAUUUGGUUCUUUGAUUCUGAUUGUAUGAGCUAAAAGUAUUAUCACUGUCUAAUUAAAAAUUUGACCUAUCCAGAAAUGAUGAUUUAUAUAUAUUCACAA